UACAGUGUGUGGUGUGUUUUUCCUCCUAAUGGUGCUGUCAACCGUGUUUGAUAUGAUGUACUCUCAGGAUCAGAAUCAGUCUCGUGUGACCAAGAAUGGAGUUACUUCAGAGAGUAAAUAUCGUGUUAAUGGAGAUGUGAAGAAACCAACAAAAUCCGGACAACCAGGCUUGCUGCCGAGACUUGCCAUGACGUUUUCUGUGUACACUAAUGGCCGGAAGUUGAUGAGCACAGAACAGGCAGGUGGCGCUCUUGGUGCCAUCAACGGAAUUCGAUUCCUCAGCAUUUCCUGGGUGGUCCUAGGACAUGCAUUCUCGUUCGGCAUGGAUGAAAUGCAAAACAAGACGUUCACUGUAGAUUUCAUGGGUAACUGGACAUCGAUGGUUGUUGUAAAUGGUCUGCUAUCUGUGGAUUCUUUUUUCACACUAAGUGGCCUGUUAGUGUCUUACCUGUUUAUGAGGGAGAUGAAAAGGGAGAAGGGACGAAUAAACUGGUUCAUGUUCUACUUUCACCGCUUCUGGAGGCUAACACCUCCCUACAUGCUGUUGUUGUUUCUCGACAUGUCGCUGUAUCGUUACCUUGGGGAUGGACCGUUCUUUCCUAAAGGUGGAAUUGAUGGAAAAUUUUGUCGGGAGUCUUGGUGGACAAAUAUCCUGUACAUCAACAAUCUCGUCAAUGCCGAGCGGAUGUGUUUUGGCUGGUCGUGGUAUCUGGCCAAUGACAUGCAGUUCUAUGUUGUGAGCCCUAUCCUCCUGGUACCGCUAUAUUUCUCUAAGAAGAUUGGCGUUUUUAUCAACAUUCUGGCUUUGCUGGGGAUCAGUAUUGCUACGGGAGUAGUUUCCAACCAUUAUGGCCUGUCACCUAAUCUGAUGUCAACUGAUCCUGCUGUCAUGAUGGAAUCAUAUGAUCAUUAUUCUUAUGAUUACUACGUAGUACCUUGGUGCCGGAUGGGACCUUACAUCGUAGGUGUAGUGACCGGGUACAUCAUCUACAAAACCGAUGGCAAAUUCAAAAUACGAAAGCUGAUGAACCUGCUCAUAUGGUUGGUCAUGGCAGUGGCCGCCUGUAUUGUGGUGUACGGAAUAUACAGUCCAGUGAACGGUGACCAGUGGAGCAGUGGUGUUUCCGCUCUGUAUAACGCUGUCCAUCGCUCUGUUUGGGGAGUUUGUGUCUGCUGGGUAAUCUUCGCCUGUGUUACCGGCAAUGGAGGUAUUGUAAACGACUUUCUCUCCUGGAAGCUGUUCGUCCCCCUCAGUAGACUCAGCUAUUGCAUCUACCUGACUCACCCCCUCGUCCUUUUCUACUACGUACAAACAUUGCGACAACCAUUUUAUGCCACGACUCUUGGACUUGUGAACGUGUUCCUUGCCUCUUUGGUUCUGUCCAUCCUGGUAUCAAUCGUCGCCACACUAGCCUUCGAGACCCCAAUGAUGUCCCUUGAGAAAAUCCUUUUCCGACGUGGUAAAAAGUGA